UCACCACGAUUACGUUUGCAACUCAAGUCUCAACCACCCCUAAAACCUACAGGAGGCAGCGGGAAAGUCACAGCAUCCUCCUCUGGCAGUCUUCUAUUAUCGGACUCGUUGGUACUAUUUGAGAAUCUGGGUUUGCCAGUGCCAUGGAUGAAGCUAAACAAAUGGCAAGUGAAAUAGGAAUUGAAGCUCUAUUUCAAGAAAGACGUAGCAUUCGAAGAAAGAAACAAUUCGAUGAAAGUGGCACUGAAGAGGUAACAUACUCAACUGAAGAAUCUUUUAGAGUUGAGCAUUUUUUCUUUAUAGUUGAUCAAGCUCGAUCAUCACUUCAAACUCGUUUUGAACAAUUUUCACAUUAUGAAGAGAUAUUUGGAUUUUUGUAUAACUUGGAUAGAUUAAAGAGUAUGCAAGUUGACAAUUUGUUGAAAUCUUGUAUGAAUUUUGAGCAGUAUUUAAAACAUAAUGGACAUUUAAACAUUAUAGGUGAUGAUUUGAGUUUAGAGUUGAUUGUCUUGAGGUGCUGUUUAACUACUGAAACAAAAAGAGCAAUUGAUGUGCUACAUUACUUGAAGAAAAUGAAUGGUUAUUUUCCGAAUACUUGCAUUGCUUACAAGAUUUUGGGCACCAUCCCGAUUACAGUUGCAUCAGUAGAGAAAGAAGUUUCUCCAAGUUGAAAUUGAUCAAGUGUUAUAUUUGAUCAACUAUGUCACAGCAAAUAUUGAAUGGUUUUGCCAUGUCAUCAAUUGAAAAAGAAAUGAUUGAACAACUCGACUAUAAAAAAUUGCUUGAUAUUUUUGUCUCAAAAAUUGUAA